GUAAUUUACUUUUAUUUUGAAAAGAAAGCAAAGUCGCAUUGUUUGUACGUCACACAUUGGCGCGCCGUUAGUGUCCACAAAAUAGUUGAUAGUUCUUAUAAAUGGACUGGUGUAAAAAGUAACGUUUUCUUUUCUCCUUAUUCACGUGUACUUUGAAUUCAUGCUAAAGAAGCACUAAGCAGUGAAAUGUGGAUAUUGACACCGCUGCAGCCCGGAGGUGAGACUCACUACCUCCUCACCAGUAAAGAGUUUGUGGUGGGACGCAAGAACUGUGACAUCCUCCUGUCCAAUGAUCAGUCCAUUAGCAGGGCUCACGCUCACCUCACUGCUACUGACCAGGUGCUGACUCUGAAAGACACGUCCAAGUAUGGUACAUUUGUCAACGGCCAGCGCUUGACAGAUACUCCUGUGCACCUGAAGUCAGGGGACAGUGUUACGUUUGGGGUUUUUGAGAGCAAAUUCAGUGUGGACCAUUUGAAGCCUGUGGUGUGUUCGUCAUGUUUGGACAAUGAUGGCAAGGCGGCGCUCUCUCAGGCCCUGUUGGCGUUGGGUGGAAAGCUGGUCAACACCUGGUCACAGGAAUGCACUCACCUGGCCAUGACUUCUGCUAAAGUCACCGUCAAGACUAUUUGCGCUCUGCUGUGCUGUUGUCCCAUCGUGAAGCCAGAGUUCUUCUCAGAGCUCAGUGAGGCUGCUCAGCGAAAAUUACCCCCUCCUAAAGCUGAUAGUUUCAUCCCUGAGAUCGAUGAGCCCAGCUUGAAUAAAGAGGAUGUUAACCUUGGAGUAACUCCAGUUCGCAAACAGAUUUUCACUGGAAAGACCUUCCUGUUCAUCAAUGCCAAACAGCUAAAGCGCCUUAGUGCAGCAGUGAGUUUUGGAGGUGGCAGGAGUCAGCUGCUGGAGGAGGGCUCUCUGCAGCGGGACCUGCUGGAGUCUCCACAGAGCUGUGUGAUUGAUGUAACAGCAGGCAGCUCCCAAACUCUGCUUCCUCCCUCCACCGUUGAGUGGGCAAAAUCUGUGAAGAGCAUUGUUCAAAGAAAAGGCCUUCGAGUCAUCACAGAGUCUGAAAUUGGUUUGGCUGCCAUCUAUGCUUCAUGUGAAAAGUACUGCAAUCCAUCAAGUAUAAUAUCAGACACAGCAUCUGUACCAAAAGUGGAUGCCAGGAUAGCAGGUGCUUCACUGUCACAGAGCGUGGCGGUGAACGAGACGAUCUUACCUGCAGCAUCACAGAACGUCACAGCUUAUGCAGCCAACACAGAGCCGUCACAGGGGACAGAGCUAAGAGAAGUUACAGGGGUCACUGCAGUAGGAGAGACUCCAGAGAAGAAGCAAAACCAGAACACCAGUCUUCCCCAUGGAUCCAAACCCGUAGCUCAGACGACCACUCAGCGCAUCGUGGCUGAUACAAUGUGCUCAUCUUUCAACACUGUAGAGAACACAGACACACAGAGGGGGAAGCCUGUGUCCAAACUGACAGUUUCAGGUGCAGGCAGUAGUGACAUAAGACCACAACCAUACAUUAAUAAGACCAGUGGUGGCACAAAGACAUUCCUACAGAAGCAAUCUCCUCAGAAACAAAAGAUGUCUGAACAAGCUUCUCCACAGAAACAAUCCACUCUGACCAGUUUUUUUCAACCAGUCAACAAAAAAAGGCCUUUGGAGGACGCGCUUGUCGCUGUCAUGUCCAAGCCAAAACGUCCCGUACUGGAAUCAUCCAUCAGCGUACAGGCACCAAACACCUCAGCAACAUCUCACACUCCACUAGGGUCAUCAGCAGAUCUCUUUGGAGGACGAUUGGAGGCUCAGUCAGACAGGGUCUCCUAUGCUGUCCCAGAGGUGCCCCAGAGCAGAAAGAGGAAAGACGUGGAAGCAGAGACACAGAGGGAUGAACUGGAGUUUAUCAUGUCUGAGGAUAUGGACUUUGAUGAGCUGCCCUCAGAUAAUCAAGGUCAGCAAGCACAGCCAAUAAUGCAGACUGCAAACAAAAAGAAACAAGGUUUAAGUACUGCGGAGGCUUCGUCUGCAAGCAAGAGGCCACGGUUCUUCUUAGAAGAAAAGGGAACCAACAAAUGUCCACAGGAGGGCCAGGAAAAAGAUUCGGUUUCUCAUAAGAACGUCAGCCAAAAAUCUGAGCAGCAUAUUAUCUCCAUCAAGACAGAGCAGGUUCAUCCUUCAGAAUACAGAACAACUUAUCAGGAGUCCAGCAAACCUCCAGAAGCAUCGUCUGCCAGUACAAGUAAAAACAUUGAACCUUUUGAAGAUAAUGAUCCAUCUUUCAUUGAGGAUUUGGAACUACUCGAAGGAGAUAUUUGCCAGCCUAAAGAGGAGAUCAGGACUCCUCUGAAGCCUCUUACAAUCAAGCAGGAGGUACAAGAGUCAAAGAUUGAUGAAGACCUUCCUAAAAAGCUGCUGUUAGUGGAGUUUCGAUCUCUCACUGUGACUGCACCUCUCAAAACCAAACCGCGGAAGAUGCCAGACGUCAGCUACGCAAAGAACUUCAAAUGUUUCCGCAAGAGCUACAUGCCAGGUGCAAAGGGCUCAAACCACAUUAUUGGAGGGUCUGAUCUGCUGGUUCACAACAGGGGCACGAACUCUGAUCUGGAUGAAUGGCUGAAAGACGCAGCUGAGGAGGAGCGUCAGAGCAGACGGGAUGAUUCUGUAGGAGACGAUCUCUUCAGCUGCGAUCAGUUCAUAGGAAGCUACAAAGAGCUACAAUACUUCCCCCUGUUAACUGCUGAAUGUGCUCAUAUUGAAGUUAAAGUGGUUUAUUUCUUGGACAUUAAAAUCUAGGUAAAUGAAGUCCCUUAUUUCACUGUGUCUCUACUACCUGACUAGUUUGGACCCUCAUUUAACAUACAUGCAAGUGAAGAUAAAUGAUAAAAAUAAAGAUUCUCUCAGCCUCAGUCAUUAUAAUCAGGUGUAGACAGCAUAAUUAACUGAAAAUUAUGGAUAUGGGGCCACUGUAGCUUCAU